AUGACUGUUGCCAACUGGUCUGAAGAUGCCAGUUGUCAAUCGCCCACGAGCCAGAAUAACAUCGAAACAAACACACGGCAGUGUUUUCUAUCAAGAGUAAGAAUCUGGAAGAAGGAGAAUUUAAGAGAAAUAAGGUUUCAACCAAAAAAUUCAUGUGCCACCUCGAGAAACAUGUCACCAGCUCUCACGCAAAUUUUUUUCUCUCCCGUAGAGUGA